AUCCUAUCGCAAAAUGAACAAGAAUAUGUCGUUGCCCAACGCCUGUGCCAUCAGUGGAGACUAGAGACAGUCGUUCAGCUUGCGAAAAUGUCGGUGAGUCGAUUCGUCAAACACCUGAUGAGCUCCGGCCCGCGGCUUCUCCUCCGACCACCUGUAUCUCCAUCUCCAUCGCCGCUCCUGUACUGCCUCUCGGCUCUCUCCGUGACCCAAACCACGCGCACUCCCGAUCUCACCGCCGCCGCCUUCUCGUUCUCCACCGCUUCUUCCAGUCCAUCGGUUUCCUCGUCGGACGGUCCCGCGGUGGAGCCCUCCUCGCCUUCUUAUCUCUCCGUCCGUAUUCGAUGCCCGAAGGACGUCGCGGAUGAGCUUUCAGAAGCUCUUUUAUGCUUUGGUGCGAGCUCGGCAAGCAUGGAUGAGGAAGAUGGCUCUGACAGUUCUGAUGAGAUUUCCAUCAAUUCCAUAUUUCUUCCCAGUGAAGAUGUGGAUGCAUCUGUUUCAAGUGCUGCUGAUUCGAUAGGCUUGAAGGACGUACCUGAAUAUGAUAUCAAAGAGUGUGAGCAAGAAGAUUGGGUAAAGAAAAAUCAGGAAUCAUUUCAUCCUGUUGAAGUCACUGAAGGACUUUGGAUUACCCCCGAGUGGCAAACUCCUCCGAAUGCUGAAGCUACAAAUAUAAUUCUGAAUCCUGGAUUGGCAUUUGGAACUGGGGAACAUCCCACUACAAGAUUAUGUCUAUUGCUCCUACAUGACCUGAUAAAGGGAGGAGAACACUUGUUGGAUUAUGGAACCGGUUCUGGCAUUCUUGCAAUAGCAGCGCUUAAGUUAGGUGCUGCAUCUGCAGUGGGAUUCGAUGUAGAUCCUCAAGCGGUAUCAUCUGCUCGUCACAAUGCUGCUCUAAACAACAUUGGAUCGGAUAAGAUGAAGCUAGAACUGGUUCCCAGCAACUUCUGCCCUCAAACAAACAAUGAAGGGACACAUCAAGAUUCAGGACAGCCCUUGGAUAAACAGGGACUCAUCUCAGAAACAGAGAAAUAUGAUGUUGUGGUAGCAAAUAUUCUCUUGAAUCCUCUGCUAGAGUUGGCGGAUCAUAUAGUAUCUUACGCCAAGCCAGGAGCAACCGUUGCUGUCUCUGGUAUUCUGUCUGACCAGCUCCCUUUAAUUAGGAGCCGAUAUUCUCGUUUCUUAGAAGACAUAUCAGUCUCGGAGCUAGAUGAUUGGGCAUGCUUGAGUGGCAGGAAGAAGAUUAACUUUAACGCAGAUUGAAGACUAUUGUAGCUUUUAGUAACCGGAUAUGCAGGAGUGCAACUAGCUCGAAUGUCCUUGGCCAUAGCACGCUCACGGGGCAUUCGGCAGGCCCGCACAGCAGCAGAUUUGAGUGGCCGUUUCAGUCCGAAACGCAAUGUCACGUUUUCUUUUUAUUCCAUUGUAAUGCCCCACAUUGUACAUGGAUCACAGUCACUUAUGGGCGUGGCUCGAGCAACUUGCCCCUAGGUUUCCCAUAAAAUGAGAUCAGGACAAACCUUUUCCA